CUCCCUUGUUUAUUUAUUUUUCACAAAGAGCAGACUGAGGAAGAGAAGAAGAGAGAAUAUUAUAGCUCGGCAGAGGCAGCUCCAAAUUGAGACUCCUCCUGCCUCUCCAACAUCCAUCUCCCUGCUUCAGAUUUCCUACGUCACACUGUCCUUCUUACUUCCGCCUGUUUUUCCAUCCUCCCAGCUUCACUUCUUCGACAAAAUGAUAGCUCUCUACAAGCUUGAAGCUCGUGGCAUAGUGUAGUGUACCUCGCUCUCAAACCCCACCUUUCAUUUUUUGCUCUCUCCCUCUCUCGCUUUUACUUUCCUUCCUUCUUUUUCUUUACUUUCCUUUUAUCUCUCUCUCUGUCUGUCGGCAACUUCCUCUGCUGGAGGAUGGCCUGCCGGAUACUGAUCUCCGGGAACUUGGAUCCUGAGAGAAAGAGGUGUGGGGGCUUGAGGACUAAACAAGCGGGCAGAGGAUCGUGCCGUGGCAGUUAGAACUCCCAGCCUCAGACUCCUCGGGAAAUGCAUCGGUGCCGGCUUUGACCUCCCCUUUUUCUGUUGUCAUACCAUUUGUUCGGAAGCUUUUUCGUCGUUUUGAAUCCUGUCGUUGAAACGAUGGGCUUUUUGUUGAAAGAAGUUCUCAAAACUCUCUGCAGUCGGAAUCAAUGGUCUUAUGCUGUCUUCUGGAAGAUCGGCCGCCAUAAUCCCCAGCUGUUAAUUUGGGAAGAUUUCUACUAUGAACCCUUGCCAUGUCAAUUACCUAGGCGCAUCGCUGGAACAGAGAUUUCUGAUUUGCCUUUUGUGAGUGGGGAAGGCUUCUGGCGUUCUUGUGAUUCUCAUUCUUCUCAGUUAGGAACGCAAGAAGAGGACAGAGUCUGCACUUUGAUUAACAAAAUGAUGGUGAAUAAUUCGGUCAAUGUCAUGGGUGAAGGGAUUAUUGGGCGGGCAGCAUUUACAGGAAACCAUCAGUGGAUUCAUUUGAACAAUUUUGGAAGAGAUGCAUCUCUGCUUGAGGUGUACAAUGAGGUCCAUCUCCAGUUUUCAGCUGGAAUGCAGACAGUAGCAGUUAUUCCUGUGCUUCCGUAUGGGGUUGUUCAACUUGGUUCUUUCUCGCUUAUAAUGGAGAACAUGGGAUUAGUGAAUGAAGUAAAGAGCUUUGCCAUCCAAUUGGGGCGUGUCCCUUGUGCUCUUCCAUCUGAAGACUUUUCAGCAAUAGCUUCUAUGGAAAGAUCUGGUAAUCCUGUUAGGGUUGGGGUGCCUGUGUCUGUUGAUCCCCCAGUAAUUACCUUCAAUUCCGCACCCUCAGUAACUUAUGGCUUCAACCAAGAAAUCAGUUUGUCUAGUAAUUCAAGGCCUAUUGGUCAACCAGCACAUCCUCGUAAAGGGGAGGUAAAUAGCCAUCAGGGUUCUGUAUUGACAGAUCAAACCCCUGACAUUAAUCAGAUAUUAUCCAAUUAUCGUGAUAAUCUUUGUGAACCUUCAGCAAUACCUAUGAUGAACCCAUGUUUUGACGUCCAGCCUGAGAAUUUAGUUAUGAAGGCAGAGGUGAUGCCCUUGAAUCUUGAUUCAUGUCUGCAGCAACAUUCCCCCUCAUUGAGUGCUAGAUCUGCAUCCAAUAAAUUAACUGACUUGAGCCAAUCAGGUCUGGGUGACUGCAGCAUGAAAUUUAUGGAACAAGAAAAGUUGUCUGGCAGUGGGAGUCAUGGUUAUUUCGAUCCAAAUAUUACUGUUUCAAAUACAUUGUCUCAACUGAAAAAUAGUGGAGGCUAUGUACUUGAUCACAGUCAGGCGACUGUUAGUUCUUCAUCGAUUCAUGGUGGAAGGAGCAAACUCUUGAGGCCAAAUCUCAUUGCCAGCUCUGUUUCUAAUCCUUCUAAAGCUGGCACUGUUGAUUUUUGUGAAAGCAGGAAAGCUGGGCCUGAGCUUCGAAAUGAUGGUUUAACAAAACGAGGGGGCUACUCUCCACCUAAUUUGACCAUUCAAUCUGGUACUAGCCCAAUGCCUCUAGAAGGUUCUGAUCAGAACAAUAUUUCUUUAGAUUUAAAACAUGCUCAUCAUAAAUUGGCUACAACAGGCCAAAGAAUGGAUGAUGAUCUGCUGCAGGCCAUUAAGGCCCCAUCUCUUCAUCUUGUGGAGCGGCAGGUGUCUAUGAGUGAUCAAAUCCCUGCCUGUCUUCUACCUCCAUCAAGUGAUGACCUAUUUGAUGUUUUAGGUGUAGAUCUUAAAAACAAACUACUGAAUGAAGACCGGAAUAAGUUGCUUGCCAAAGAACCAAAUACUGGUGCUGAAAUUCUGCAAAACAAGGCACCGCGUUUGAGCAUGCAGGAUAUGAAUGCUGGUGUUUAUUCAAUUAAUGAAGCCAUCUCAGACAGUGGUGUCUUCUCUGAGAGGGACAAUGACCAUCUCCUGGAUGCCGUGGUCUCAAGGGCAAAGUCUUUUGGGAAACAGGAUUCUGAUGAUAUGUCUUGCUGGACAACAUUGACUAGGACUAGUAACGCUUCUGUUCCCUCUCCUGCUCAUAGGAAGGUUACUUCUGAUCAUCCUCACGGUGGAUUUUCUGGUCUUCCCAAAGAUGCGAGUAAAGCAGGUGCUGCAGAAACUAGUUCUCUUAGGUCUGGAUGUAGUAGGGAUGAUGCUCGAAAGUGUUCUCAAACUGCCUCCGUCUGUGGAUCUCAACUUAGCUCAUGGGUUGAGAAUGCUACAAAUGCGAUGUGUGAAAAUAGUGUCUCAACUGGAUGCUCUAAGCGGCCUGAUGAAGUUUGUAAAUCAAAUCGUAAAAGGCUUAAGCCUGGGGAGAACCCCAGACCUCGACCUAAAGAUCGCCAAAUGAUUCAAGAUCGUGUGAAAGAGCUACGGGAAAUUGUGCCAAAUGGAGCAAAAUGUAGCAUAGAUGCACUUCUGGAACGUACAAUCAAGCACAUGCUUUUCUUGCAAAGUGUGACAAAGCAUGCUGACAAGCUAAAACAAACAGGGGAAUCUAAGAUCAUGACUAAGGAAGGUGGACUGCUCUUAAAGGACAAUUUUGAGGGCGGGGCUACAUGGGCAUAUGAGAUUGGCUCACAAUCAAUGGUUUGCCCCAUCAUAGUUGAGGAUCUGAAUCCCCCUCGGCAGAUGUUAGUGGAGAUGCUCUGUGAAGAACGAGGUUUCUUUCUGGAAAUAGCCGACCUAAUCAGAGGAUUGGGGUUGACCAUCUUGAAGGGGGUGAUGGAAACCCGAAAUGACAAGAUCUGGGCAUGCUUUGCUGUAGAGGCAAAUCGGGACGUAACAAGGAUGGAGAUAUUUAUGUCUCUGGUUCACCUGUUGGAGCAAACAGGGAAGGGCAGUGCACCUUCAUCCAACCCUAUAUAUCACUCCUUCCCUCAAGCCACCCAGAUAUCAGCGGCUGAUGGACCUAGUAAUUUGCAAUGAACCACCUGCACUCUGUUUUCUUGGUCUGGAUGUGUUGAGAGCAACUGUGCUUGCCGUGACUAACAUCCAAUCCAGUCUGAAGGCUUCGGGCGGUCUUAACCUUGUCUAACUGCCAUCUCACCUCAUUUUGGAGGUGAAUAUGUUUAGUUACUGUAGAAAACCUCGAGAUAAGUGGUAUUUCCAUGGUUGCUUACUCUGGUUUCCGCUGUGAUAACUUGGUCCUGUGUUGGCUGUCUCCACCAAUGCUGUACUAUUAAUGUGACUCUUGAGACGACUUGUAUGAUUGUAACCAAUUUUUAGUGGGUGGUGUUAUUCACGUGUAUAGAUAUUGUAGGAUGUGGUAGGGAAUCUUAUGUUCAGUAGGAGCACUAGGCACUUUUGGCUGCUGGAUUUCUUGGGGUGUUGUAUUUUGAUGUGUUCGAUAAAACGCAUGUUAUAAAUAUCAAAACCAGUUGUGGCUUGUAUCCUAUAAAAUACCAAACUUAUGCCUCUGUUCGUGUCA